AUGGAGGAGGCACAGAAUUGUGGUCUCUCUGCGAGACAAGUACUUGUAACCGGUCUUUUGUUUUAUAUUUUGCUUUCUAUCGUGCCCGCGUCUCAAGGAAGCUCUUGUGGUCAUGCACUCUCACAGGAAUUCAAUGCUGCUGAAAAUCGAGCACUGGGAAACGCCACAAUUUGGUCGGGUAGAGUUGGUACUCUUGUCGGCUGUGUGAGUCGGUGCCACUCUUGGCAAGCUUGCAAAUCAGUCAAUUACUUUAAGAACAAUCGCAGGUGUGAUCUGAACAACGCCACCAGAGUCGAUUCGCCAAAUGACUUCGUUGCAGACUACGCGAGUGUGUACUUCGAUGGUAAUGGCGACACACCUGGGUUUUCCGUAGCGGAUCACAGCGACGUUCAUACACCCGGAUUCUCCGUCACGGUGGAGCCACGUUACAGCGAUUGCCAGAGUUUACUGGAGGCAGGCUACAGUGUGAGCGGUAUCUAUACAAUAUUCCCCGCGGGAUUCGCAGAUGGUCUGAGGGUGUACUGCGACAUGGAGACCGACGGUGGAGGCUGGCUUGUCAUUCAGAGGCGUCAGAAUGGCAGUGUCGACUUCUACCGCGACUGGGCUGACUACCGCGUGGGCUUUGGGGACUUGGCUGGUGAGUUUUGGCUCGGCAACGACAACUUGCGCACCUUGAGUAGUUCUGCUGGAUCUUGGGAUCUUCGAGUCGAUUUGCAGGACUGGGAUGACAACACAGCUUGGGCCGAGUACGGAGAUUUUCAAAUCUCUGGACAGGAUUUUCGUUUGAGUUUUGAUUCGUACAAUGUCCAAAGCACUGCUGGUGACUCCCUUGACAGGCACAACGGUCUGCCCUUUUCAACAAUGGACAAUGACAAUGACAAGUAUGAUGACCAUAACUGCGCCGAGCUUAUGAAAGGAGCUUGGUGGUACAGCGACUGUUAUGAUUCAAACCUGAACGGUAUGUACUUUAAUUCGGCAUGGGAAAUAUCUGGAGAUUAUCGAGUGAUUUCAUGGAAAUCAUGGAGGGGUUAUCUUUACUCCUUGAAAAAAUGCAGUAUGAAGAUUCGCUUGGAAAUGUAA